CCCGCACUCCGCAGCGAAGCGUCGUGUCACGCAAACCGGAAGUGACGCAAACGCGACCCAUCGCCACUUCCGCUUGCUACGCGGUUGUCGUUGUUGGUGUAUCCGGACAAGGCUCGCUUGGGUAAAGUCAGCCGACCGUUAGACCAGUCGCCAAUAUGGGUGAACGAAAAGGAACGAACAAAUACUACCCUCCAGAUUUUGACCCAGCAAAGCAUGGCUCGCUCAAUGGCUACCACAAGACUCAUCCUUUGCGGGAGAGAGCCAGGAAACUGUCUCAGGGCAUCCUCAUUAUCCGGUUUGAGAUGCCCUACAACAUCUGGUGUGAUGGCUGCAAGAAUCACAUUGGCAUGGGUGUCCGCUACAAUGCUGAGAAGAAAAAAGUGGGGAAUUAUUACACCACGCCAAUCUACAGGUUUAGGAUGAAAUGCCACCUGUGUGUCAACUACAUUGAGAUGCAGACAGACCCGGCCACCUGUGACUAUGUGAUAGUCAGUGGAGCGAGCAGGAAGGAGGAACGCUGGGACAUGGCGGACAAUGAGCAGAUCCUCACUACAGAGAGGACAGAGAAGGAGAAGCUUGAGACAGAUGCCAUGUACAAACUGGACCAUGGUGGGCGAGACAAGGAGAAGUUGAGGAAGGCCCUUCCUUCUCUGUCAGAGAUCCAGGACCACCAGGCCAGCUGGAAAGAUGACUUCCAGCUCAACAGCUCACUCCGCAGGAAGUUUAGGUCGGAGAAGAAAGUACUGGCAGAGCAGGAAGAAAAGGACAACAUGGUGAGGAAGAGAACCAACCUUUCCAUUCCUCUACUGCCAGAGAAGGAUGAGGACAAAAAACUGGCAGCGCUGCUCACCUACCAGGCCGCGGACUCCUACAAGGACAGGCAGCACAGCAAGCGGAAGGAGAUCUCCUCUCGCUCCUGGUUCACUUCUUCCUCUGCAAGUUCGGGGGGCGCUGCAGGCAGUCUGCUCCACAAACUGGGUGUGCAGGGGAAAGGGGCGGCGGUGGCUAAAGCCCUUGGUCCUUCUCCCAUCUCUUCCCCCAGCCCCUUGAUCCGCAGACGCGCAGAGAGCUCGGGGAGCAAACCAGAACCUUGUGCUACUGUCACACGGAGGAAAUCCGACCCCGGAACAGUCAACCACACAGGAACAGAUCCAGAGGUCACAGACAGAGAAGAAGGAGCACACAGGGAAAUUGGGGAGCCCCAGUCAGGACAGAAGGGGACAGAGACAAAUGGUGGGAUGUCCAAGGAGGAGGCAUUCAACAGCACAGAGGACGAAGGUAGCGGACUGUCGAGGGCAGAGGAAUAUGGGAAAGAACAGAAGCAGGACAGGUGUCAGGGAGGUCUGACUUCCCUGGUUGCGGACUACAGUGACUCAGACUCAGAUCCUGGACAGUGAGGCUGCUCUCUGUUGAGGGCCCGUUUCUACUUUGAGUUUUUGGCACGCAUGGAACGAAAGUGGCUGUGUCACUCUUUUUGAAAUAGAAAAUUAAAGAUGUUUAGUUCUUGUCAAACAUGGAGACCGUCCUUUUAUUGAUUCGCUUAAGGCGAUUCUGGUUUUGCUUUCAGCACCUCAUGACCUUUAAGGGAUGCAUCAAGGUUGCAUAAGACAACAGUAUACGUAUGUAGAUGUCCACAGUGAUUACCAGGUAUGUCCAGGAUAGAUGUAGAAACUUGUAUAUAACUUAAUGGAUUUUGUUAUGCAAAAGUUGUCAUAAAUCAGAUGGCUAUAUCAUAUUGAUGAGUUCCCUAUUUUAAACGUACAUACAGAGGUUGUGAGCUCCGGUUAUUUGCGUAUGUACUAUGAGUGUAGAUCUGUUCUCUCUGUGGCAUGGUGUUGGAUGGCAGAGAAUAAACUCGGGAUAUGAGGAGCUGCUCUUUACAGCGCUUAUUGCAUGUGCCUGAGCACACUCGGAGAGAAAUAUUUCUUUCCAGCCAUGCCUUUUUCAGAACUUGCCAAAAAAGAUUUCAGAUGGAUAAUAAGAUUAAUAAGGCUCGGAAUGAGCUUGUUAUGGGUUUCACGGUCACGGUUGUAUGUUGGCGUAUACGGUAUGGGGAUUACCCGGCAUCGGAGGGACGUUAUAGAAACUCGCAUAACCAUCGCUGAACCUCACUAAAAAAAUAAAUUUGAAAACCCUUUCAGAAAUGUUCCAUGUCAUAUUCAGUUUCACCUCAAGGGGGUGUCUGUACUUUGUCAUGCAUAGUCCUGAUUUUUCUCGAGGAAGCACAGAAAAAGAAAUAAAAAACUCU